AUGGCGCAGGCAAUCCGCGAUGCCUUCACUGAGGAGGCAAGUUUGACCGUGGUGGAAGAGUGGUCCUCAAAGGUGGUGAGUGACCUCGAGGCGCGCGCCACGAACGCACACCACGCACGCCAGGGAGUGUUGGUGAAACCCUACACGGCCGACGCCGCGGAAACGGUGCCGGUCACCAUCGUGGCAUCGCUUCGUGAAUUCCAGGGGCAGCUGUACGACAUCUACCGCGCCGCCGAGACGAUCCGCACCGUCAUCGCGUGCCGAAUUCCUGAGCUAAAGGCGGAGGACAACCUCGGCGUCGAGGUGCAGAUGACCGUCUUGAAAAUGAUCGACUCGCUGGAAGGGAAGCUGCUCGGUAGCUCCAGUGGCGACAAGGAAGGCGGUGCGCCAGGUGUGGCGGGCAUGUACGCGGCACGCGAGUACCUUGCCGCGCGGGGGUCUGUGGAAGACAAAGUACUCGGCAAGGUCAGCGACGACGACAAAAAGACAAAGUCCGCUGCACCAUCGGUGCUGAUGGAGCUUCAGCAGAUUGAUGCGGAUGCGCUGCUGAAGCUAGAGCUCAGCGCCACGCAGAUCUCGACGCAGAUCCGCUCCUUCAUCAACGCUUACGCAGUCAACUGGAAGAAGCUAAUCCAGCCGCGCACCAACGCAUCGGAGAAGAGCAUCAGCUAG